CAACAUUACGCAGAGGUCAAACUUCAAAUUCCAUCCAUCUUUCAAAAACAAGUUUAUCAUCCAUUAUCGUCUUUUGUGUUUUGUGGUUUUGUAUCCUUAUAGGUGUUACGUAUUCAGUUUUAUUGUCCCGUUAUUAGUUAGUUCGAUCGUAGCCCUAUUGGAUCCCGGUACAUUUAUAUUUGUAACUCGGUUUUAAACAUUGUCUUGUAAUUAAGAUAAUUAUAAAGCGAUUGAGGAUCAAAGUUCAAACUAUCGAAGCCAGAUUUUCCAGUGACUUCGCAGUAGUUAUCGUCGACUGACUAUCGCGCAAGAGGUAAUUAUAAGAAAAAUCACACAAUGGGUAGGAAAGUUUACGUAGUUGGCGUCGGAAUGACAAAGUUUGUCAAACCGAGCUCCAGUAAUGACUACCCAGAGAUGGGUAAGGAGGCUGUGGAAGCGGCGCUGGCCGACGCUCUUAUCCCGUACGAGGUGAUACAGCAGGCGGUCUGCGGCUACGUGUUCGGGGACUCCACAUGCGGGCAGCGUGUGCUGUACCAGGUCGGCAUGACCGGUAUCCCCAUCUACAACGUCAACAACAACUGCUCUACUGGAUCUAACGCCUUGUUUAUCGCUAAGCAGUUCAUAGAAGGUGGUGUAGCUGAUAUUGUGUUAGCAGUAGGCUUCGAAAAGAUGGCGCCGGGUGCUCUGGGCGGCAGUGGUUUCACAGACAGAACAAAUCCAUUGGAUAGACAUACAUUAAAAAUGGCAGACAUGAUAGAGCUUGCUGCUGCACCUAUGACAGCGCAGUAUUUCGGUAAUGCAGCUAUGGAGCAUAUGAAGAAGUAUGGAACCACCGAGGUUCACUUGGCAAAGAUAGCCGCCAAAAAUCAUCGACACGGAGCUAAAAAUCCACGUGCACAGAAUGGCAGAGAGUACACAGUAGAAGAGGUCUUAAGUUCUAGAAAGAUCUAUGGUCCUUUAACUAAACUGGAGUGUUGUCCGACCAGUGAUGGUGCCGGGGCAGCGGUUCUUAUGUCUGAAGAGGCCGUUAUAAAGUAUGGUCUCCAGAAGAAGGCAGUAGAGAUCAUUGGUAUGGAAAUGGCAACAGAUACAGCUGCAGUUUUUACUGAAAAUAGUCUGAUGAAAGUUGCUGGCUAUGAUAUGACUGCGUUUGCAGCAAAGCGGUUGUAUGAAAAGACUGGAAUAUCACCAAAGCAAGUAGAUGUAGUUGAGCUGCAUGAUUGCUUUGCAGCUAAUGAAAUGAUUACAUAUGAAGGGCUGCAAUUGUGUGGCGAGGGGGAGGCUGGAAAGUUUAUUGAUUCAGGAGAUAAUACUUACGGGGGGAGGGUAGUAGUGAAUCCUAGCGGGGGAUUGAUCGCUAAGGGCCAUCCCCUAGGAGCCACUGGGUUGGCGCAGUGUGCUGAACUGGUGUGGCAGCUGCGAGGAGAGGCGGAUGCCAGACAGGUGCCGCGAGCACGUAUCGCUUUGCAGCACAAUCUGGGCCUGGGUGGUGCUGUUGUUAUCGCCAUGUAUAGGAAGGGCUUCGAGAAUGCGGGCCCUAACCCGGUGGCCGCUAUCACUGACAACCCUGAAAAUUUCAAAGUCUUCAAGUACAUGAAAAUACUUGAAGAAGCAAUGCAGUCAGAUGAGGAGAAUCUGAUCGAAAAAGUCAGAGGAAUCUAUGGUUUUAAAGUGCGGAAUGGCCCUAAUGGUGCGGAAGGUUAUUGGGUUGUAAAUGCUAAGGAUGGGAAAGGCAAGAUCACAUACAAUGGUAAAGAGAAACCCGAUGUAACCUUUACUAUUAGUGAUGAUGACGUAGUAGAACUGAUCUCUGGUAAGCUGAACCCUCAGAAGGCGUUCUUCCAGGGUAAGAUAAAGAUCCAGGGUAAUAUGGGGCUGGCGAUGAAAUUAACAGAUUUGCAGCGUUCUGCCGCCGGACGGAUCGAGUCGAUACGCUCCAAGCUUUGAACCGGUAUUAACCGGAUGUUGGCGGGUGUUUCGGGUUGUGGGACUUCAUCAAAUGUUGACCAUUAUGUAUUUUUUUAUACAUUCUCAUCGCACGGAUAUAUUUUAUGUAAAAUAAUUGAGUCGUGGAACGAUUUAUAUUAAUUUUAAUUGUUUAAUCAUUCCAGAGGGUUUUUUAUGUAAUUGUUUAAUGUUAAUAAAUACUUU